GGAAGGUGAAGGAAAGAUGGCGUCUGGACCCGGAGCGGCCAGCAGUGGUCACGGCGGUGGCCGCGGCUCUUCGGCUGCUUUGGAGUCAUCGCUAGACCGCCGAUUUCAAGGAGUAACCAACACGAUGGAGUCCAUACAGGGAUUAUCCUCGUGGUGCAUCGAGAAUAAGAAACAUCACAGCGUCAUAGUGCGCUAUUGGAUGAAGUGGCUGAAGAAAUCGGACGCCAGUCACAGGCUGAAUCUCUUCUACCUUGCUAAUGAUGUCAUUCAGAACUGCAAGAGGAAAAACGCCAUCAUUUACAGAACCUCCUUCGCUGACGUUCUGCCAGUCGCCGCACUGUUGGUCAAGGAUGCUAAAGUGUGUAAGUCAGUGGAAAGGAUCUUCAGCAUUUGGCAGGAGAGGAACGUUUAUCCUGAGGAGUUGAUCUCUGAGCUAAAGACCAGCCUGCAGAAGAAGGAGAAAGGGAGAGAAAAGGAAAAAGAGAAAGAAAAGGAGAAAGAGAAAGAAAAGGAGAAAGAGAAAGAAAAGGAGAAAGAAAAGGAGAUAGAGCAGCCUUCUCCUGCUCCAGUAAACCCCCAAACUGCCUUGAAAUCAAAAAUUGUUGCAGAGUUUGUUCCGCUUGACUUUAUAGAGCACUUAGCAUUAUACAAGCGUUCACUGGAGGAGAGUGAUUUGAGGGAAAAACAGUUAGCUGCUCUCCGAGUGGACGUCUGCAGCAUCGAGGCCCUGAAGAGACUGAAAGAUAAAGCCGGAGGAAAUAAGUUCUCAAAAGACUUUGAGGAGGGAAGUUCAAAACUACAGGAAUUUGUGACUUUUCUUGAGGAUCAGGUGAAGUCAGGACCCUCGCUGCAGGAUGCUUUGGGAAACGCAGACAUCUUUUAUGAAAUGCAGUAUAAAGAAGUUAAAAUUGUUGCAAAUGCUUAUAAGGCUUUCGGCAACCGUGUUUCUGGUCUAAAGCGUAAACUGGAUGCUCUAAAAGCUACUCUGCCCAGUCUGGAUGACUCUCCAAUCCCAUCACCCUCCGAGGACGCCCCCUCUCCUACCGGCUCUGAGUCGCCCUUCCACGGCUUGAGCUCCAGGAGCAGCGUAGGUAUCGGGGUCAGAGAUGGAGAAAGAGGGUUGGAGCAGCAGAAAGACAAUAGAGAUAUUGAGGACAUGGACAUGUCUGAGGAGGAGGAAACAACAGCAAACACUGGUAUCAUUGUUGAUGGGAGGAAGGAGAAAUUGUCCAAGACAAAUCCAGCAGCCUCAAAAAGCUCUCCGGUCGCCACUUCCAAACCACCAGAAAUCUUGGCAACUCCAACAAAGACAGUAUCUGGGUCUGUAACAAAUCAGACAUCCCCUGCAAAUACCACACCCAACACACCUGGGCCUGCCCCUGUGGUUAGCCCCUCCCCCCUGCAGGUAAACCUGGCCAAUGUGGAUCUGGGCAAGAUCAGCUCUAUUCUGAGCUCCCUCUCCAACGCAAUGAAAACCACGGGUGUGAGUCCUGUUUCUCGUCCUUCCCCUGGUACACCCACUACACCAUCCAGCCAAGCGUCAUCCUCAAAAGCUCCUUCAACCCCUGGUGGCGUUCCCUUAUCCAACCCUCUGGCUAGCAUCCUGUCCAAAGUGGACAUCUCCCCCGGGAACAUCUUGAAUGUUCUAGCUAAAUCACAGACUCAUAGCUCCAACCGGCAGGGUUUAUCUUCUCUCCUUUCCUCAGCUCGUUCUGGCUCUCUCAAAACUACAGACGCCCUCCCCUCUUCAUCCAUAUCCUCGUCAUCCACUUCAACUAUUGCUCCAAAAGUGACCUCCCCCACAACCACCCCAACAACACCGAAGACCCCAAAGCCCACGGGCAACAAUUUCAAGCGAGAGUCUGAGCAAGAGAAAGGUAAAGAGUGGGAGAAGAUGAAAGAAAAAGAGCGAGAACAAAAAAGGAAAGAAAAGGAGACACAAAGUGCAAGAGAGGCUGCCAUGUCUGCUCCAGCACUGCCCAGCCUGGAAUCUAAGAUAAACAGUUUCCUUCAGGGAAAUCCUGGUUUUGGUGCUCUUGGUCUCGGCCUGGAUGAUGUGGGAAGCAAUAGCCCACUUCUUGUUGGUGGGGAUAACCUUGAUGGCACCCCUGUCCGAGAUGAAAGUGGUAGCACCCCUACCCAGGAUGAAAUCAUGGACACACCCCAUGUUCUCAGUGACCCUCAAAGUGCAGGGUUACCUGGAGGUCAAAAUCUUUCACCUACAGCAUAUCACAAUGAUCCCUGGGAUGCAGUUAUCACUCCACGAGACGUUUUGGGAGAGAAUGAGCGGAAAGACAGGGAUUACCGCACACCACCAUCCUCCAGACAUGCCGUCUUCAGCCCAAAUCCUACUAAACCAGUUAAGCCCAUGACCAAAACCAAAGAGGAAGAAGUGGUAAAGAGAAAAAUAGUGGGACAGAACAUUACAUCAGCUUCCACCAUGCAAGAUCAGAAAAUAAAAGGAAAGACGGACAGUUCUAGUGUGAAAAGUGCAGCAUCUCGCAAACCAAGUGGUGGUGAGGAUGGAAUGGAGAAGAAAACCUCCGCUAAUAAUGGAGAGCCCUAUCAUCGCAUUGAGACUCUUGUUUCUUCAACCUCCAAUGAGGGGGCGCCAAUCGAGACUCUUGAUUAUGGCAACCGCAUCCAAACGGUGGAAAGUAUUCGCGUGACUGGAAGAGGCUUGAGGAGAGGGAGCAGUUCUGGUGCUAGAGUGGGUGGAGCCUGGUAUGAAGAGGAGGAGUUUAUGGAAGCACCACCUCCACGCCAAUCUGACAGCCAUAGCUCUGAGAAUUCAGAGGAGCUAAGAUUGGCCCCUCCUCUUCCUCCCCAUCCACCUCCUCCAACUCAUCUUCCACCUUCGUUACAGUACCCACCUCCGCCGUAUGCUAAUGAGGACCCUACCCGACCUCCUCUUACUCAUGCCAUUCAUCAGCACCACCCUCCCCCUCCAUUCUUUUCCUCCCCUUCCAUUCCUCUAAUUCCACCACCCCCCUUACCACCCAUCCCUCAAGCCCCACCCCCGCCCAGAGACUUCCCCCUCUCCCCAACCUCCACCGUCAUGGUCGGUGGCAUCCUUGUACCCAUAGAUCGUGUUCUACCUUUUCCACCCCCUAAUCUCCGUCAAGAUGGAGUGGAGCGUGGAGUUGGCAGUAGUGGUAGUGUCCUUCCAAGGGGCAACAAGUCCCAACACUCUUCCUUACUAGGUGAACCCCCUCGACCAGGUACAGUAAAAGAGCAGUUUGCCCUGCACCACGCCCCACCUCUUCAUCGCCCUGGAACCCCUGGAGUUCCCCCACCACUCCUAGGCAGAAUUCGAGAAGGCCCCACCCCACCAUCACCCUCUACCCCAACCACACCUACUCUUCCUUCUCCAGCUGGAGAACCACGUCCACUCCUGUCUAUCCCCAGCCGCAAUUCUGUCAACACCCCAAAUCAGAGACCCCGCCGCCAGUCCUCUCCUCAGCCCUUUCUGCACUUCCCAAACCAGCAUCGCACGUUUCGCUCUCCUCACUUUUCCAGAGGGCCCCCAUCUUCCCUUAAUCGUGAUUCCCUACUGCCAGGUACGAAGCGCUCUGCUGCCGGUUUCGGUGGAGGCCCUUUUAACACACCUAAAAGACCAUUCAUGCCCCCUCGUUAUUAGUUGCUUACAAUGAGUGCAAAACACUCUACACGACCUGCCAUAGGUAGUGCAGUACAAGCUAGCAUCACCUGCGGAUUACAGAGUGAGACUUAUACCGCAUGUACAUAGACAUGCACCAACACCCCACGCCCGAGAGCAGCCACAUGUUACAGCACUUCCCCUGUAAAGAAACGUUUUCAAUUAGUCUAGGGAUGAACUAGGAGGUGAAUCCAGAACCAUCUGUGGAAUAUGAAGAAAAUCAAAAGGUGGUUAUCUUGUUCAGUUCCAGUUGGUGUAAUGUGUGAGAAUGGAUGUGGUUUGCAUGGGUGUGUGUGGUCAGAUAACCUGACGAUUUGUAAAUAGAAAUGUUUAUCUAGUCUUUCCUUCCAGUAACUGUUUCUCCUUUACUUUCUCACCCUAUAACACUUGUUUUCUGUGGUUUCCAAUGUUAAACACUUUUCUGCUGUUGAUAGGUCACAGAGGACUGUUUUUCGUCUGUUUAACCUCUGUUACACUCUCACUGUGAGCAAGUGAAUUCCUAUUUUUUUCUUGAGUGAUUAAAUUAUUGUCGUAGACUAAAUACAGUAACUGGGCAACCAUGAUGGCAUGUAGUGACCUUUAUGCUCCUUGCAACCGCUUUGUCAGCCUUCACCAAGAUGUGAAAAGUUUGGCACAAUUUCCUUACAGUUAAAGUUAAAAUAUUCAUAGCAUAGCCACUCACUUGUUCAAAGUGCUUUCAAUAGUCAUCUUGCGAUUUAUUUCCAAUAGAGUUCUUCCAUGUAUUCUUAUUAAUAAAAGCAUUGUGAUGGGAAACAUGAACGAAAGGAAGAAGACUGUCUUUACAGGUGGCGUCAUGCUUUAUUCAAGAACAAAUGUAAUUUGUUUUAUUUAAUGUUCUCCUGUUAAGUCCUAUAACCUGGUUAAAUGUGUUUCAUGUGUUAACAAACAGCUUUAAAUAGCUUAAUUUGGUAGUUGAGGAAGUUUUGUUUGGUUUCAUUCAUUAAUUUUCUGCACUGUUUCUGAUUGUUUAUCUCUUUUUUUUUUUUUUUUUUUUCAAAUCGGUCCAUUCUUCAAUUUAAGACCAUACAUUUAGAACACCAUGUUCAGAUGAUUCAAAUUGUGAGUGUUCUAGACACAAGAGUGACACUAUCAUGGAUUGCAUCUUCAGAAUGUGAUGUCACUUUUGCAAUGUUUGAAAAGCUACAGCACACAGAACAUCCUGCAAUGUAGAUACACUGCUAUUUAAGCAAAAGCGUGACUUGUCACUAUCUAAUUGUGAAUAUAAACUGUACAUUGUUGUA